AUGGAUGCAACCUUUUCUUUAACGCUUAUAGAAGCUAUCUUGAUUUUGCUGGCUAUAGCAAUUUCUAAGGCUAUCAGAUUAAUCUCUCCGCUUCCUGAUAGUUGUAAAGAUGCUGUUGAUUCGAUUCCCACGGUUUCUUCUCCUUCUAAUAUCAUUGUUGCUCCUUCUGCGACCAAAUAUGACGUCUUUCUUAGCUUUAGAGGGGAAGAUACUCGUGACGCUUUCUCAAGUUAUCUCUAUGAAGCACUUCGCGAAGCUAACAUUCAUACUUUUAUGGAUCACAAGCUCCACAAAGGAGAUCAUAUCUCAUCUAUUCUCUUGAAAACAAUAGAAGAAUCAGAGAUAUCUUUGAUUAUUUUCUCCAAAGAUUAUGCUUCUUCAACUUGGUGUAUGGAUGAGCUCUUUCAUAUUAUGAAAUGUAAGGAUAAAUACGGAAGGCUUGUCAUCCCAAUUUUCUUCCAGGUAGAUCCAUCAAAUAUUCGCAAACAGAAUGGGAGUUUUGGAGAUGGGUUUGCUAAGCUCAAGCAGAGAUUUAAGCACAACCAAGAAAGAGUGCAGAAGUGGGAAAAUGCUUUGAUCAAAGUAGCAAGUCUAUUUGGGUGGGAUUCAAAAAAUAUCAGGCCUGAAGCUAAACUUGUCAAAAAGAUUGUCAAAGAUAUUUUGAGCAAAUUGAAUCGCAAGUCGUCCUUUCAUGUGGAAGGACUAGUUGGAAUUGAUCAUCAGAUUCAGGAAGUUGAAGAGCUACUGAGUGAAGCUCGCAUUGUGGGAAUAUGGGGUAUGGGUGGUAUAGGCAAGACCACUCUUGCUAGUGCCGUAUUUGAGAGGUUGAGAGCAGAGUUUGAAGCUUCCUGCUUUGUUGAAGAUGUAAGAAAACUGCUGGAAAAGAAUGGUGGCUUGAAUGCAUUACAGGAAAAAUGCCUUAAAGAAUUAUUAAAAGAUGAGGAGAUUAACACUUACAAUUUAAGGUCUGAUUUUGUGAGAAGAAGGCUUCACCGUAAAAAAAUUCUUCUGGUACUUGAUGAUGUGGACAAUUUUAUGGCGGCUGAAAAUUUAAUCAAAGCAUGUGGUUGGUUUGGGGAAGGAAGUAGAAUUAUUAUCACAUCAAGAGACAUGCAAGUGCUUAAAAAUACUUCUGCAUUUCUAACAUAUCGUGUUCCAACAAUGUAUCACCAUGAUGCUCUUCAUCUCUUUAGUUUGAAAGCUUUUAAGCAAAAUCAGCCAUUCAAAAACUACUUGGAGUUAUCAAAGCGGGCAGUGUAUUAUUGUCAUGGAAAUCCUUUAGCUCUAAAAGUGUUGGGUUGCUUUCUUCAUGGCAGAGGAAAAGAAGUAUGGGACAGUGCUCUGACAAAACUAAAUCAUACUCUUCACAAGGACAUUUUUAAAGUGUUGAAAUUGAGUUUUGAUGGACUUGAUGAUGACAUGCAGAAGAAUGUAUUUCUUGACCUAGCAUUUUUCUUGAACGUAGGACAUGGGAUUUCUCUAGAUUGUACAAGAGGCUUAUAUGGCUCUCAUGCACGUAUUGAGAUAAGUGUACUUAAAGAGAGAUCCCUCAUUUCAGUGGAUAGAUAUGGUAAUAUUGAGAUGCAUGCUCUAUUAGUGGAGAUGGGGCUUGAAAUUUCUCAGCAACAAUUAAUAUCUAACCCUGAAAAACCCAUUCGACUUUGGAGACCCCAGGAUGUUUUUCAUUUCAUGAAAAAUGACAAGUUGAUGUAG